GUUGGAAGAAACGCUGAGAGAAAGUUUACAACUGAAUGUUUUGAGGCUUUAAUACGCAAACAUUCUUCAUUUAACAAAAACGCGAAGUGAAGUAAGUUCAACUUUUAGGCUUGAUAAAAUGUGACAUAGUAGACAUUGUAAACUUCCUGUACACCCUCCAACGAGUUCGGACAUAGUUUUUUGAUUAACAUCUGAAUGUGAUUUAAAUGUGAGCUGAGGCGGACUUUAUGGCGUAAAAGGUAAAAGGAGAAGGUUUCUGUCUUGUUCUCAGUCAGUGAGAAAAAUAUGAAACCAAAACACAGUCAAGAUCUUCGUCAGAAUCCAGGAUCCAACUUACAAGGAAAAGGAGUAAAUGCUGGUGAGAAGACAUCAGUGAGCAAGGCGAAGCAAACCUCUUCAUCACAAGUCAAACCUUUUGCUGGAAAAGUGUUUUACCUGGAUCUGCAAUCCAACAGAACAGCAGAAACCUUGGAGAGCGACAUCAAACAACUGGGCGGGAUCGUUGAGAAGUUCUUCAGUAAGGAAAUCAAGUAUCUAGUUUCCAACAAGCGUGAAGCGAAGCAUGUACACUGCCUCAGACAGGACUCUCCUGUCCCCAGUACCGACUCUGGACAGAGUUCCCCACAACCCCACUCAAACCCACACUGUCCAACGAACCAUAGGGACAAAACCAAGUCUCAGGGUCAAUUGGAUACAAUGAUCAAGAGCAGAGGCAAGUCUCUGGUGGAAAGAGUGGUGACAGGACAGGGGAGGCUGCAAAUGGACAGAAUCCUGUCAAAUGCACUAGAAUGGGGUGUCAAGAUCCUUUACCUAGAUGACGUUUUGGCUUACAUUCAGAAGAAAAAGAAAAUGUUUGGGAACCUGGUUUCAGCAGCUGCUCCUGUGAAAUUGCAUGUGAAAAAUGAAUCUUCAACUAAGUUGGGUUUCCAGAAAUGUAAAGCAGGCAGGAUCACCAAACCUUUUAUUAAGAUUGAAGAUUCAAGCAGACACUAUCGUCCAAUCUACCUCACAAUGCCAAACCUGCCGGAGUUCAGCCUGAAGACAGCAGCUCCUUACAGUCCCUUCUGUGUCGAAGAGAAAAAUCCUUCUGGAAUCAAACAACAUGGACACAGAGCGAAAGCCUCAGGUGCUGAGGAGAAAGGUCAAGGCCGAAAGAAGAACCGAGAGAAGAAGAGAGGCGGUUACUGCGAGUGCUGCAUGGUCAAAUAUGACCAACUCAAGAUGCAUGUGCAGAGUGAACGUCACCAGGCUUUCUCCAGGAGCGACGGGUAUUUGGUUGUGGACCAGCAGGUUUCGACUUUGCACUUCAAUUUCCUUCCCAUCAAAACUAAAGACAUGAGACGAAAGUGCAGUGUUUCUUCUGUUCUGUGUGCCCCUGGACCAUGUGGAGAAGCAGGCCAAGGAGACGCAAGUCAUUCAGACACCGUUAAGGAAGAAGAGGACUGGAUCUCUGAUGCAUCUGAAGAAUCGUGUUCAGAAGAUUUCAGCAUAAAAGGAGCCCGAAAGAACUGCUACACUUACUCGGACAAGUCCAAGCACACGUUUCUUGCUUCCAAGCGGACAAUCAGGCAAAAAUCUUCAAUUGAGAAAUCUGAGCAGAUCAUGAUUCCUCAACCGAAAUCAGAAAAUCCUCACUCUGAUGGAGAAUUUCUCACCACAUUUCCCUCCAGAGACAAAAUCUCUCACAAAGACACAAACAGCUCAGUCUCUUACCUACGAGGUCCAAACCUGCAGAGUGAAGCAUCAGCGAGCAACUUCAGUGUUGUGACGCACGGAGCCGAAGAUACGAACAAGGACGCUGUUCUGUCUGAGGCAAAAACAUUCUCAAAAACUAACAGUCUUUCUGUAAAGGAGGAGGAAAACCCUAAUUUGCCAAUCUUUACGGUGCAAAAAAUUCAGAGGAAGAUCAGAGCUUAUAAACACAAGAGGCGGAAAGUGGACUCAAGCGGCCAGUCUGCAGAGCCAGAACCCGAGAACUCGGUACUGAAGCUUUGGGAGAUUUUCCGGUCAAGUGACGUGGAUGUGGAGUUUCUUGGUUUUUCAGAUUAGAUAACAUCAAAAACUAAAAGGGGGAAAAACUUUUUUUUUUUGAGCCAUGAACUAGAACCAUCAUUUUUUACCUUAUUCAGAUAAAAUGUGUGGUUUACAAACUGAUUUUGUUCCCUGAAAUAUUUUAAUGUUUCAGAAAUUGUUGUUACAAGAACCCCGCCCCCCCUCUGAACUUCACAAUCUACAAUUUACAUUAUGGAUAUGUACAGACUAAAAAUAUGACAUAAAAAAAAUUUACUGGAGUUUUGAUAAAAUGGUUUCAGGUUUGAUCUCACGUUUAUGUCUGAAUGAAUUAAAAACCACUUCAGUUUUCUAUGUAAUAAAAUAUUGGUUUUUCAAUUCCCUUUUUGAGUGAAUGUCAGCUCCUGGGUGAACUUCUGUUUUUGUUCAGCCACAAGGGAAGUUGGAAACCUCAAAGAUGAAUGUUGGUCUGUGCCUAUGUAUUUUGGUAACUGUACGGUUUUAAUUCAUAAAUUUGUGUUAUUUAUUUCACAUUUUAAUAAUAAAUCUAACGUUCUAUUAAACUGAAGAGAAAAUUAAAGAAUGUUUCUACAGUACCACCCCAACGUGUCAAUUGGACAUUUAUCAAUACUGUUUGCUAUAAAUGCAGUGGCUUUGUAUUUGUUCCUGGUAUAUUUAGUGACUAUAAAACUAUUGACUAUUGAUUAUCUACGAAUCAGGAAUCCAAGCAAUACUGAAGUUUUCUCCCUUUUGAUUGAUUGCGCAAUACUCCAAAUUACUGA